AUGAUCUCGAUGUUGCCUUUGCUGGGCGUCCUUGCCUUGCAAGCGAUCCCACGUCAAGCCGCGGCUUUCAGCAGACCCAACUUCGUGAAGCUCGAGGCGGAUCCAGGCCCAGGACCGAUCACGCUGACGCCUUCACCAAAGCCGAGUCUCUCAGAGCCAUUGCCGAACGAUGUGCCCAUCCUGCGGCCACUGCAGCAGUGGCCGGAGUGGAAGCGCUCCCAUGCCCACCUCUGCUCACUGUUUCGUGGCCUCUGCAUGGAGCACGACAGCGUCGCUUUCAAGGUCUCCACCAUGGCAAUCUCGGACUUGUGGGAGAAGAUGCUAGGCAUCGGCUCGGGCUGGUUCGUGCUGGUCGUCCUUGCCUGCGCAGCCUCCGGCCUGUUGGGAGGCCGCAGGAUGCCAGAGAGUCCGCAGGGCAAGCCAUCUUCUGCCUCUGGAGAGAGAGGAAGCAGGGAAGGCACCUGUCACUUCGUCGAUUGGUGGAGCGAUGGUCCGCGGAUUACGUUGGCAUCCUUGAAAGUCUUUGUCACGGCGCUGCUUCUGGUGGAGCUCCUCGGCUUGGCCGCGCCAGAGGAGGACGUCCUCACCCUGCCUGAGAUCAUCCGCCGAGUCCGUGCUCACCCCUACGGAAAGACUGUUGAACUGGGCUUCCUUUCGGGCUUCACAGUGGCCGAUUCACAGCUACUGCCCCGGCUGACUUACCUCUUCAUGCCCAACCUCAACGACAGCACAGCUGACAGUUACGCCGCGGUGUUCUCCGUCCUGCGGGCCUCGCUGCUGGCGUCCUGGUGCACCUUCCUGGCGCUGCCCAGCGCUUCGUGGCCGGCGUCCUCUUGGCGCUGCUUCGUCUACGGCGCCUUUGUCUACGUGGCCAUGGCGAGCUUGGUCAUCAUGUACAUCCCUUGCUACGACAGCCACGCCACCUGCUUCUUCCUUCUGGCAGCCUGCAUGGUGCCGUCUUUGGAGACUAGCCAGCGGUCCCAAGCGUGGCUGGGGAAGUUCCUUCUGGUCAGCCUGCUGGCUCCGUUCUACCUGUCUGCAGGGGUGUCGAAGCUCCGCUAUGGAGGCUGGGCCUCCAUGCUGUCUGGGAGCUGGUUGAGGCCGACUCUGGCUGCGACGGUGGACAGGUCUAUCUUUCCAGGCUUGAACACGUGGCUCUCGCAGUCGACCUGGGCGCCCGCCAUGAUGUCCUUCGGAGUGUUGUCAGCAGAGUUUUUGCUCCCUGUUUUGGUGCUUUGCACGGCGAGCUCCAGCACAAAUUUCAGCCGCUGGCUACGAACCUGUUGGAUCUUGCUAGUGGCCUUAUUUCAUGUCGUGUGUCUGACACUCGUUGGUCCAAACUUUGUACGCCAAAUAGCUUUGCUGGCGUUGUCGUAUUAUUCUGUCUGGCAUCCGACCGACAGCGCCGACAAAGAAGUCAUCGAAAUGAGCGAGACGAGAGUUUGGUUAUGCCGCGUGGGCUAUGCCGUUGUGCUGCUGAUGCUGUGGCUCUGCAAUCAGCUUUGGUCAGAUAUUGACCACAUCCGUGGUGCAACACCGCAUGAUUCCUACCACGACAUGCUUUGGCCUGUGGGAGAGCUCUCCAUGUACGUCUUUCCUUCGGCCUCCUCCAACUACCUUCGCUCGCUGUUCCUUGAGAUUGUCAUUGCUUCCCUGAUCUGCCUGAGGAUACAUUUCGAUGUCUCACAGCCCCCUCUAUCAGACAAGGGAGGGACGUAG